UGCAGCAAGCGAAUUCAACAUGGCUUGCUUGUUGUAAUGGCAGCCAGUUUGUAAAAUUAAUAUAUCAGUGGGCGCAACAGUGGAUAAAAAUCAAUAGUUGCACUAGUACCUAAAGUGGUUAGCAGUUACGCGAUUUGGUUGAGAAAAAAUUCGUUUAUUCAAUGAUUAUUCGUUGUGUAGUACUCCAUUUUAACGUUGUUGCUAGGAGCAGGUGAGGUAAAAGCUUGUCGGUAAUCAAAACUAAAAAUGUAUGACUGAAUUGUUGCCGGAAUAAUCUCCACAAAGAAAGGAUGGUUUUUUUCUUGGAUUUAGAGUAAGAAUGCCUCCUUCAGCAUGAAGGAGAUGGUAGGUGGCUGCUGCGUCUGCUCGGAUGAGCGAGGUUGGCCAGAUAACCCGCUCGUCUACUGUGACGGCAAUGGUUGCACCGUUGCAGUUCAUCAAGCGUGUUAUGGAAUAGUAACUGUGCCUACUGGUCCAUGGUAUUGCAGGAAAUGCGAAAGUCCGGAUGCUAAAAUCAAAGUUCGUUGUGAACUAUGCCCAUCCAAAUCGGGCGCUCUCAAACGUACGGACACGGGCGGCUGGGCGCACGUGGUAUGCGCCCUCUACAUACCCGAAGUGAGAUUUGGCAAUGUAACCUCUAUGGAACCAAUUGUUCUGAGACUCAUUCCACAGGAACGUUUUUCCAAAAUAUGCUACAUUUGCCAAGAUUCACAUAAAGCCCACAGGGCAACUGCUGGUGCUUGUAUGCAAUGUAACAAGUCGGGAUGUAAACAGCAAUUUCACGUGACUUGUGCCCAAAGCCUGGGUCUAUUGUGCGAGGAAGCUGGCAACUAUUUAGACAAUGUCAAGUACUGCGGAUACUGCCAGCACCACUAUGGGAAACUUGUAAGUAAAAAGGGCGGUAACGUGAAGACCAUCCCGCCUUACAAGCCUGUGUCCCACGACAGCCAGUCCAGCGACUCCAGUGGUGGCGAGAAGGAGGGCGGCAACUCCCCCCAGCCUGGCAGCUCCACUCCUACCCAAACCACUAAGAAAGGGCCCGGCCGCAAGUCGUCGGCCCACGCUAGCGGCUCCGGUGGUGGGAAAAACACUCCCUCUACUUCCAAGGCUUCAACUUCCACACAGCCCGACCCUGAAGUGGAGACACCAGCGGCGCCCGCGCGCAAACACAAAGACAAAAAUAAGAAGAAGCCGUCGCCGUCUCGCCGCGGGUCGUCCGCGGGUGAAGGGGGAGGCAGCAAGGCCAGCACCCCGGCGCCUUCGCCCCAGCACACUUCUGACGCUUCCCAGCAACCAACUAAAGGCGGGUCUACUCCGGGGGGCAAUUCGAAGGUGACUCCGCCCUCGGCCUCGCCGGGCUCCAAGCACGAGCCCGCCGGCGUCAUUAGCUCCGUCGCCUCCGCCACCGCCGCGUCUGCUACCGUCACUAGCGCGCCGCCCAGCACGAACGCAUCAACGUCGGUAGUCCAAGUAGCGACUUCGAAACCGUCGUACCAGGAGUCGGUGAUUACCAACACCGAGUCGGUGGAGACCAAGCAGACCAAGAAGAGGAAGGCAGUCUCAGCCGCCAACACGCCCACCGCGCCGCUGGACUACGCCGCCACCCCGCCGCCCAACGCGUUGGAUGCGAACUCGCAGAGCGGCAGCAGUACAGCGUGGGACAACGCCAGCACCGACGUGCAAAUGGAGGCAGCUGACAAACUCGUCAAAAAGGCCAAGACGGAGGGUCUAGAGAACGUGCCGCUGCCGCCGUCACACUUCUCGAGCGUGAGCCCCGCGCCGCCGCCGCCGCCGCCGCCCGCGCAUAGCCCUGCCUCGCAACCCAGCCCCAGACACCUGCCCAGCCCCAUGCCGGGACCAAGCGGCAUGAGCACAGCCCACAUGCGCUCGCCGUCACAGCCACCGGGCGGGAAAAGCGAGCGCGACGCCCCGGCUUCACUUCUCGUGUCGGUGCCGUUGCCAUCGACCAGCCAUGGACUCAACCUCUCGGCGCACGCACAGGUGUCCGUUCCGUCGGAAAUGGGCCCGUCGCCCCACAUCUUCCACCAGCCGCAGAAACAAGCUGCAAUGGAGCCAAAUGUUCCGAGCCACUCCUCGCACGGGAUGCCUGGCCGCGCGGCUUGGGGCGGUCUCAACGUCGCAUACGAGAUGCAACAGGACCCUAACAAACCGGGUGUGAGUGGGGUCGCCGGGCCGAGCAAGGAGCCGGUGCCGCUGGGCAUGGUGCCCCUGCCGCCGGCUACCAUCCGCAACAAGAAGCGCGCCGCCAUGGCCACCUCGGUCGUCUCCAUGGCCACCGUGCCAGCACCCCCGCCGCCGCUGCCGACACCGACGCAAAGCCUGGCGAGCGUGCGCCGUCACCCGCAGCCCACGCCGCCGCCCAUCUACCACGAGACCAUCAAGGACUCUCCACCGAGCUCGCCGAGUUCUGAGCGACCACUCAAGCCGAAAAUGGAGACCAAGAUUGGCGCCAGCUGCACGGCGCCGCAUAUGCUGGGCAACGAGCUGAACCCGGACAGCGGGGCUGCGGCGCGGCUGCAGGAACAGCUGACGGCGGAACUGGCAGCGCACGCGGCCGGCAGCGCGGGCGGCGACGUGCUUAUACCGCCGCCGCUCAUCAACAAGGCCCUGCCGGGUUCGAGCGGUACCCGCGGCGGGUCGAGCGCUCAGAGCCUCGACCAGUUGCUGGAGCGCCAGUGGGAGCAAGGAUCGCAGUUCUUGAUGGAGCAAGCGCAGCACUUCGAUAUGGAUGUGUUUACAGUAGCGUCGCUGUUGUCGUGCCUGCACCAGCUGCGGACAGAGAACGUGCGGCUGGAGGAACAUGUGGGCAGUCUGCUGCAGCGCCGCGACCACCUGCUCGCCGUCAACGCGCGGCUCGCUAUACCGCUCACCACCGUUCCACCGGGCCCACCGGAGCCGCAGCGCUGCCCGCGGGAGAACGGGUCGCAGGUGCGCGGCCCGCCGCCGUCCGUACGCGCCGCCGAGACUAUUACCUCCGAGAGAUCCCACCAGUUAAGGACCAUCGUGGCUGCAGGCGAAAACUACAUUCCUCAAUACUGGGAGCUUCUAAGACCUCAACGAGAGCAGUUGAUACGUCAACUCGCGCCGUCCGGCGAUAUCGGCAACGGCUUUCUGCACCUGUGGCAAUGGCAUCAGCUGCUGGAGUACCGCGCCCAGCUAACACUACGAGUUAUCCCCGGACUAUUGCAAGAAAUAAGAAGCCUCACUUUCGUGAACAAUGAACAGCUGCAACACCAAGUCUACAAGCUCCGGCGCCAGAUUAUGGCAAUUGAGAAUGAGUGGGAGGACUCCGCUCGUCGGCGACAGGAUCGUAUGAUUGCGUAUCAGCGACAGCUGAUGAUGCGCGAAGUGCAACAGAAGCCCAGCUGAAAGGAGCAGGGCGGCGGCAGAGGCGGCGGCGGGGCAGGCAACGGCCGCGGCGGUGACUACGGGGCUAGCGGCAGCGGCUACGGCGGCGGCUACAGCGGUAGCGACAUGGGCUACGGCGGCCACGCCAGUGGCUACGGCGGCAACGGCAGCGGCUACAGCGGCAACGGCAGCGGCCCCAACAUUACCGGCAGUGGCAAUUACGGUGGUGCCAGGGGCAUCGGUGGCGGUGCCGGUGCUUCUGGUAGUGGUAGUUAUAGUGGUGCCAGUGGUAGCUUCAUUUAUAGUGGUGCAAGUGGUAGUGGCAUGUAUAGUGGUGCCAGUGGUAGCGGCAUGUAUAGCGGUGCCAGCGGUAGCGGCAAUUAUUACGAUGUCGGUCCCAUCGGCAUUGGUGGUAGUGCCCGCGGCGAUAUCCGGGGCGGCGGCGGAGGCGACGUUCAAGGCAGAAGCAGCGUCGCCGCGACGGCUAGCCAGCCAGUGCCGGGCCCGUCGUCCGCCGACCCGGACGCGCUGCGUACUGUCCACACCUUCAUCAUGCUCGAGCAGCGCCGCAGAGCUGACUUCUCCAUCGAUUCCAUCCUCAAGUCGGACUAGACGCGCGGCCUCCCGGCUGCCGCUUCCCGGCCAGUACUUGACGCGCAACUCGAUCAGCACGUCGAUUAACACUGGCCGCCGCGGACGCUCUAGUGCAUUUCGUUUAGUGCCGCGUUGUUAACCCUAGAUAUGUCGACAUACCAGACGGCAUAGAUUAUAUAUUUUUUCUUUUGUAGAUCUGCGUACCGACAUUCUAAGGGUUAUUAGUAGACUGACAAGACUAUACAUCAUUGUCCAGGCGUAAUAUUCCAAAACUGUUAUCCCUAAGUAAUCUUUCAGUGUUCUACAGUGAUUAUUACAGUCGUUUAAACAAAAACAAUAUAUGUUUACAUUCUUACAAUGGUCGAUGUUGUGUGUCGCAUAUAUAACUCGCUGUGUAAUAACAAAAAUACAUGUUGAUUUUAAUCAUAAAAGUGAAAUGCAUGAAAAAUUAAACAAUAUUUAAGUAAAUUAUAUUUUUCUUAAAUAAAGUUAGUGGAAUUAUAACCGAAGCUGUAUUUUGUACAAAGUGCAAAAGCUAUCAGAUGGUAUGUAUCUUCUCUGGGCUGGAUCAAAUAUCUGCACAUCGGCAGAUUUAUUUGUUAAGUCUUAUAUAAAAUGAUGUGAGACUGAAAAGCCAAAUGUAUACACGUUCGUUACUAGAUAGAAUUCUCUUCUAAUAACAUAGUUGUACUAAUAUAAAUGAAGACUAUAAUAGUAAAUGUUUAUGCAAUUCCUUUUUACUGAGUAUUUACUCGCCCAGUUAUUUGACUGGCGGACAUAAAUGUCUUACCUAAAUCAGAUAGAGAUAAGUAAUACAAAAUUAACAUUAAGACCUACUAUGAUUAAAAAGUCGAGCUUUUAACAUUUCGAUGUGACGAUUUUAAUUACAUUUCAAUAUGAUAGUAAAGUUGUUGAUGUUUAAUUUAAGUACAUAAAUAUGUGGACAAAAUGUUUUGUAUAGACCAUUUAGUGAUUAUAUUUAGUAAUUAUUAUUCAAUGUCAGUUUAACGUAAGAGCAAAAUAAUGUUGAAACGAAGGAUCUCUGUGUUGUACUGAUUAAGUCAAGCCAAUGUUCGAAUAGCGAAUGGACAAUGAAGAGCUAAGCUUCGGACUUCAAACAAAACACAUAGUUAGAAAAAGUGUAAUUAGUAAUAGAUUCUUUUUGUGAUGGUUGUUUUCAUACUUUGGCGGCAAAAUUGAAAUGCAUUUAUAAUCAACAUAUUUGGAGUCAAUUACUAAAUGUGCUAGUAGAUAUGCGGAUUCAAUAUAUGUCCAAUCAAUAUUA